AUGGCGGUUUUUGUAAAUAUAAGAUGUAGACGCACGAGAGAGACCAAGAUCAUGGUUCAGCUGUCACCAUCUCGGACUAUAGAGACAUUAACUCCAUCAGAGUUGACCAUGGAGAAGGAAGAUGACCAGGGCAGCCUUAAAUCAGAGUCCCCUCGAGUGCUUACCGCCCUCCAGCUCGCCUUUAACCCCACCACCGCGACCACCUAUUACGGCUACGAGAAAUACAUUGAGGACGGCCUCAUCUGCCUCAAGCACAAGAUCCGCAACAUUGAGAAAAAGAAGCUGAAACUGGAAAGCUACAGUGAGAGGCUGAAGAAGGGGGACAAACUAAAUCCAGACCAACAGGAAGCUGUGGGGAAUUAUGACCGCUGUCAUUCUUCCACAGAUAAGCACAUGAAGGAAAAGCUACUUCGGCUAGUGGACUGUGGCUUUUUUGAUCACAUACCACUUCCUAAAGUUGACAGUCAAGAGAAGACUGAGACCCUAAAGGCGGACCCUCCAUCUAGGCCUUGUGGCCUCUCCACACUGGUGAAGCUGAGCUCAAAAGGAGUGCCUUCCAAAGAGUUUCUUAACAGACAAUACCUACCUGAAACGGACGUCACUGAGCGCAGACAGGAUGAGAACACAUCGCCCCAUAGUUGGAAGGAGGAGUUUUUAGCCAUGAAGGAAAGGGAGCCACCAGACUCAUGGGAAAUGGAGUUUUCUGAAGCUCCUGCGUCCUCUCAGUCCCCCACACAGAAGCCAUGGAAGGGGGCAGCAGGAUUGAUUCCUAAGACUGCAGACAUUGCGAAGAGGCCUACGGUUGACCCAAAGGAGAAAUGUCAAAGAAAGAGCAAGGAGGAGCAGGACUCUAAACCGAUGCCUGUCGCAGUGGAAGUCUUUGGCUCUCCAUCUCCGUUACCAAAAGACCCUGUUCAGCGCAAACAGCAGUUGGAGUCUCUGAUGGACCAGAUCUCAGGAUCUUUCAGCUUCAUGCAGGAGUCUCUUCUGGAUGGAGAAAUGUCACCCGUAAACAGUCAAACAAAGAGAUGCCGCCCAUCUCCAGCCUCCUCUACUCCUCUUGCACAGAGGAAAUUAAUGAAAAGCCCAUCAGAUAUUCUGCCUCAAUCCCAGCAGAGCACUCCAUUACGGAUUCUGCUGUCUGGAGAGGCUAAAGGCUGUCUGUCGAAUGGAGACCAUUCUAUAAAUGGCUCUGACCUUGAUCUACACCAUGAAGAGAAGCCACAUAAACCAGGUGAGGGCUUCACCUCUCCUCCACUGUAUCGCAGGGGAUCCUCCAUCUCGGUCCCAUUAGAAAACCAGAGCACUGUACAGGCAGGAAAGCAAAUGUUAUGCAAUGGAGUAUCAACUGUGUCUGCACAGACAUUUUCCACCCCACCUAGUCACAGAUCCAUCAGUGCAGAAAACUCCUUCCACAACAUUCACACUGUGUUUAAUGUGGCAUCUUUGCCCAUCAGUGAGAGCUCGGGGAUGAAGCCAGAUGAGAGUGGUUUCUCUGAGUCCAUGCAUCCGAGUUACACAUCGGCCAAAACCCCGAAUUACUCCACCGCCAGCACCCAGACACCUCCUGAGCUCAACCUACCUGAAGAUGACCUACCGAUUGAAGGCCAGUACCAGCUGGAGUGUCCAGUCAGCGGAGGUGGUCACGUGUUUUCUGGCCCUCAGCCACAGUCUCGUCUGGGUCAGUCGUGCUACCCCCGUGGUACAGCGAGAGGUAUGCGUGCAGGCAGGGGUUUGGGUCACUCAUACAGAUCACCUGGUGGCUACAGAGGUGGUUAUGAGGCAUACAGAGUGAAUAUGCGUUCUCCAGGAGGAGGCUUCAUAUCUCAGACCCACUCCACACACAGAGACCCUGGAUCUGCCCUUUAUUUGUCCAGAGAAAAUGGGUAUCUCCAGAGCUUCAAACGCGGUGGAGGCACAGCAACUCAAAGGAGCAAUGGCGGUUGGAGUGACUCCUCUCAGGUGAGCAGCCCGGACCGGGAGGGUGCGUAUCCCCUCGACUCGGGAUUCAGUGACACACUCUCCAUCCCGCCAAUGGAAGUGCCCAUCACGCCCCAGGGCCCGCACACUCUGAUGCCCGUACAUGUGUACCCGCUCACCCAACUCCGUGUGGCCUUCUCCGCCGCCCGCACGGCAAACUUCGCCCCCGGCACUCUGGAUCAGCCAAUCUCCUUCGACCUGCUGCACACCAACCUUGGCGAAAUGUUUGAUACGACCACCGGCCGUUUCACCUGUCCCGCUGCCGGUGCUUACGUCUUCAUCUUCCACAUCCUGAAGCUGGCCAUCAGCGUACCCCUGUACAUCAACCUCAUGCGCAAUGAAGAGGUGAUGGUGUCUGCUUAUGCCAAUGAUGGUGCUCCCGACCACGAGACCGGCAGCAAUCAUGCUGUCCUCCAGCUGUUCCAGGGCGACCAAGUGUGGCUGCGACUGCACCGUGGUGCCAUCUAUGGCAGUAGCUGGAAGUACAGCACCUUUUCUGGUUUCCUGCUGUACCAGGACUGAACAUCCAUCUCUAAAUAGGCACAAAAAGGGAGAAUGGGGCAUUUUGGAUGUUUUUUGAAAGUUACUCUGCACUUUAUUGCGCUUUCGGUUACGCAUGGUGCAAUUGCAUGUUAGAAAGAUCAUGUUCAAUAGUAUAAAGUCAGUGUUAAAGCUGAUGUAAGCUGUUUGCUGGUGAAAGUUUACAAAGGUUUUUCUGGGUUCUUUAUUAUUAUUAUUAUUAUUAUUAUUAUUAUCAUUAUCAGUACAUUUAAAAUAUUUUUUUUUUUCCAGUUUUGAGAGUAUUUACUGUGUACUUGGAUACUCAUAACCCAAAGUAGCUGCAUUUAGUUUGCACUAAAUUGAAGUCCUGUUGGUCAUCUGCUCAUUUUAGAUGAGAUGGAGAGGUUUUCCAGCCAUGCGGGAGUUUGCAAAAUGUAUUUUUUUUUUUUUUUUUUUGGUGUUUUUGUUUUGGGGAGGUCAUUGAAUACAUGCAUCGCUUUGCAAGAACGGAAGAUUUAUUUUCUGGUAAUACUUGACAUGUUGAGCACUUUAAAAAAGGGACUUGGUGGCCUUUUUGGGGUGUAUGUGUGUUAAUCUGUGAGUUUGUCUGUGAAAUAUACUGUGAGUGGUGAUCACUUGAACACUGACUCUUGCCGAGAAGGCGUUUAGGCCAAAAUUGCUUCCUCUUGUGCCUGAAAUAAAAAUGUGCAGUUAA